AUGAGAAGGUCCAAGGCAGUUAAAGGUGCUAUCAUUAGAUGCGAGUGUCCGAUACCAGGGUCCAAGGCAGUUAAAGGUGCUAUCAUUAGAUGCGAGUGUCCGAUACCAGUAACUAAAAGUUCAAAGGAACGUGUUGUACCAUGCGUGAUUAACACCACAGGGUCCAAGGCAGUUAAAGGUGCUAUCAUUAGAUGCGAGUGUCCGAUACCAGUAACUAAAAGUUCAAAGGAACGUGUUGUACCACGCGUGAUUAACACCACAGAGUCUUCCGAGUGUCCGAAGAAAUCUGGCGUGACGUGCCAAUGUCUAGCUCCAGAUUCAGUGUCUACAACGGCGAUAGAAAGCCCCAGACCGACUGGUGCCGCCCCAGGUAGUGACCCGUCGUACAAGCAGAGCCCAGAUGUCUUCGAGGCCCCGGCCAAGAAGUGCCCAGAGCUCUGCGAGGCCCCGGCCAACCGGGGCUUGAAGGUGCAGGUCCACAGGAAGGUCCCCGCGGAGCCCGCGGCGUGGAGCCCCCUGUUCAAUAAACGCUGAAUUGUGCAAAUUGUAGCUGCGUACUGUCAUUUAUAAUAAACAGUCAGUCAACUUUC